AUGCUACAUCUCAACGACAGAAAGGUGAGAUUAACCUGGGAUCGCCCACUACAUGUGAAUGGUCAUAGCAACUUUGGAGGCUACUACGUCUAUGUCGAAAAGCUGCUGAACGGCGAGCCAGUGAAUAGACGGCGUUCCAAAUACGACGUUAUAAAUGACCUCUCGAAACGUUAUUGGGAGAUCGAUAAGCUGGAGCCCAAUACGGAGUACGCAUUCCGAAUGAAUGCGUUUAACCGCAAUGGAGAUGGAGAGUAUACGGAAACGAAACGGAUAGUCACUGGAGGAAUUCGUGCGUUUUGUGCUCCUCCACAGCAACCUGAAAUCCAAUCUGUUGUCUUGCUCGGUGAUGAAGCACCACUAAGAGCCCGUGUUGAGUGGAAGAGACCCCAGCUGGCACCACUCGAAAGUCCUAUUGAUAGAUACAACCUAUGGUAUAAAGCCGAAGUGAUGGGACGCGUGUAUGAAAUCUUGCUGGGUGCUGAAAACGUAGAAGGCCAUAGUAAGAACGCCACGGAGCAACUGGUUACGCCCAUAGGGAAUCCAGAAGGAGAGCCGCUCAACGUACAAUACGAGAUAGUCAAUGGAAAGAUGCGGAUAUCUUGGGAACCGCCUGCCGAAGAUAGACGUAAUGGAAAUAUCGCCGCGUAUAAGGCCAUUUUGACACCGAUGGUUUCCGAUGGAGAGCGCAUCGAAAAGCAAGUGACGGACGGUUCGACUUCCGCGACAUUCGCCGUUGACGUACGGAAGGCGUACACGUUCAAAGUGGCAGCAGCGACUAUGAAGGGACUCGGUCCGUUCUCGCCUGUGCUCACCAUCAAUCCCGAUCCGGCUGCUAUGCGCGACUCUACUUCUGUCGAAGUGGCUAUGAAUGUUGACUCUGAAGAGACGGAAACCCCUGGCUCCAGCAGUAGCACUUUAGACAUCCUCGAUGGACAUAUUUCACCAAUGAUUUGUAAGGAUGGGAUCGUUAACAAUCUUGCGGAAUUGUUAAACUAUAUUGCUUCUGGAUGGAGAUAUCAUGUGUCAAAUACGGAUGGCGUGAAACAAGCAUGGUCCAAAUUCGACAAUGUCACUAACAAAAUUUGCAGCUUUAUGGCAGUGUGCUCAUCUGUCAGUGCACUCAAAGUGGAGCCGACGAUAAUGUCAGCACCGACGGCGGAAGGCGGCAUCUCCAGUGCAGAUGUGUUUGAUGCAAUCGUCAACCAGGCACCUGGUCCACUAGACGUUCCCUUAAUGAAGCACAUCUCCUUGCCUCACAUGGCAGAUUCGCUUAACGUGAUACCGCCAACGUCAUCCACAACUCAUCGUCCUGGGAUUGUAGACGUCACACUACCGUUUCCCUCUACUACAUGGUUUCUUUCGAAAAUAUUAACUAUUGUCGGACCGCCUACGAAUGUUCGUGUAGAAGCUACAUCGAACAGCUCAGCUGUGGUGCAGUGGGACUUUGAAAGUGGGCAGGUUGAUGGAUUUGUGGUGAAGUAUAUGCAUGAACCAGGAGGACGGUCGGAUUCUGAAAAAUGGACAGCCAGAACAGUGAUGAGUCCGAAUUCACGACAUCUCGAAGUGCCUCACCUCACUGCGCACAAGCCCUAUGCGUUCUGUGUCCUUGCCAUCAAAAAUAAUCGACAAGGUGCGUGUUCUGAUCCUCCAACUUUGCUGGAAAAACUUACCCCUACGUACAUGGUUCAAAAUCUCGUAGUCGAAUGGAAAACAAGUAAUUCGGUCAAGUUGAGAUGGGAAUAUAAUGGUCCUGCUCAUAUCGGCUUCUAUUUGAAUCACACCGGAAAGAAAGAGUAUUUUGAUCACACAUUGGCGAUGAAGAGUAUGACAACUCCAGGUUUCAAGCGUGAAUUGGACGAGGGCAGAGUGCGUACACUUCCUCCAGGUGGUCGGCAAUAUUGGCCAAAAGAAGUGGUGAUUGUGACUGACCCAACAGGCCCACCCUUUGUUUUUCCUCCGGAGAUUGAUGACCUUGUUACUAAUGGAAUAGGUGGGAAACAAGGCCAAAUUGUUAUUCGACUGAGACCAGCAUCUGAGGAAUAUGGUCCGAUAUCACAUUACUGGUUAAUUGUAGUUCCUGGAAAUUAUUCAAAGGAUGACAUGGUGAACAUGGGCCCUGUCGAACUCGAGGCGGCUACAAUUGCUCGACGAAAAACUCUAGAGAAACAAAUCAGUGUAUCACCAACUAUACGGGUGAAAAAAGCGGCCAGUGCACUGGAAAGAGGGUCGGUGGUAACUGAGCAUAGUCACCGUAUUCGAAAGCGUUACAAUGAUUUACCGACAACAGCCUAUAUAACAGCAAGAAUUGAGGCUGAGGAGAUGAGGAAAAUGUACACCGGGGACCGAUCUUUUAUUGUGGGCGAUGACAAGAUCUAUAAUGGUUUCAACAACUUCCCACUACAGCGAAGCACAAAAUAUCGGCUAAUGGUGCGUUCGUUCGCUAAAAUUGACGGAGGACGUAAGAAUGAGCGAGCUCCGAUGGGCGAGAAGUUGACUCGUUUAUACUCGGAUUCGGCUCUAACGGAGCCGUUUACCACAAGAGCCUCCCAAAGAACCAGUGCGAAAGCUGGAGGUGUUUGGUUGAUCGGUCCUCUAAUUGCGCUGCUUAUUAUUGCUAUCCUUAUCGGAAUGUGGCUUCGAUGUAAUAAAAAAUCGGCCGGUAGAGCACAUCGUCAUGAUUCCAUUACAAAGGUAGCCUUGACUGGCAACAUUAUGAAUGGUAUUCCUAGUGAAACUAGUAAACUGCUUUCCACAGACACUUUUGGCCGAACUGUAAUGAAUCCUUAUGAACAGAUGAACGGUCAUGGUAACACACAUAUGGAGUCGUCGGUAGACCUUUAUCCUUUGCCGCGAACUCAGUCUCGAACUGAUGUCGGAAAUUAUGCUCCGGUUCCUAUUCAGUUUUCUUGCCUUCCAUCGAGCGGUGGGAUACUAGGCAGCCAUCUCACCACUCAUCCAGCUAUUCCGAUUUCCGAGUUAGCGCACCAUAUUGAACAACUUCGCCUCAACAAUAAUGCAGGUUUCCAACAGGAGUUUGAAUCAAUAGAAACAGGUCAGCAGUUUACCUGGGAAAAUAGCAGUGCCGAAAUGAACAAGCACAAGAAUCGAUAUGCGAAUGUUGUUGCUUACGAUCACUCCCGAGUGGUACUCUCUACGAUAAAUGACAUUCCUGGAAGUGACUACAUCAAUGCCAACUACAUCGAUGGAUAUGAUAAGCCGAAGGCCUAUAUUGCCACCCAAGGACCGCUGCCGGAGACCUUUGAUGAUUUCUGGCGUAUGGUUUGGGAAGAAGGGACGUCGACAAUUGUUAUGUUAACGAAUUUAGAAGAACGUUCAAGAAUAAAAUGUGAUCAAUAUUGGCCGACCAGGGGUAGUUCGACAUAUGGCGAAGUCCAGGUUACACUCCUGGAGACUACUGUUCUCGCACACUACACUAUGAGAGCAUUUCGAAUACAAGUCGUUGGAGAAAUGGAAAUGCGAGAAAUUCGGCAUCUUCAGUACACAGCUUGGCCUGACCAUGGUGUGCCGGAUCAUCCAACUCCUUUCCUCAUCUUUCUGAAACGAGUAAAAACGCUCAACCCUCCGGACGCUGGACCAAUUAUUUCCCAUUGCAGCGCUGGCAUAGGUAGAACAGGAGCGUUUAUUGUGGUGGAUUGUAUGCUUGAGAGACUUCGAUAUGAAAACACCGUAGAUAUAUUUGGUUGUGUGACUUCUCUAAGGAGCCAGCGUUCAUAUAUGGUACAGACAGAAGAUCAGUAUGUGUUUAUCCACGAUGCCGUCCUUGACGCAGUGAAUAGCGGUUCAACCGAGGUGCCUAUAAUGAAGCUUAGACAGCAUGUCAUGGCUCUACAGCAAGUGGCGCCAAUGGAAGCUGCAGCUGGAAUGGAAUUGGAAUUCAGACAUCUCUCUGCAUUGAAAUGGGGAAAUUCGCGGUGUUCAAUCGCAAAUCUGACGGUUAAUCGCCACAAGAAUCGUCAUUUAGCUGUCGUUCCUUACGAUAGUAACAGAGUCGUUAUGCAACUCAUUCCUGGUGUGGAAGGAAGUGAUUACAUGAACGCCAGCUGGGUAGAUGGUUAUCGACAACGCUGCGCUUACAUCGCAACACAGGGACCAACCGAUCAAACUGUCGGUGAUUUCUGGCGAAUGAUCUGGGAGCACGACUGCGCUAUUGUAGUUAUGUUGACGAAAACAUGGGAAUUAGGGCGGGAAAAAUGCUGUGACUACUGGCCCCAGGAGACUGGUGCUCAAGUGGGACAGUUGGUCGUUGAGCCCAUCGCCGAAUAUAAUAUGAGAGAGUAUAUCCUAAGAGAGUUUCGACUCAAUGAUGUUCAAUCUGGUCUCUCUCGUACCGUUCGUCAUUUUCAAUACUCAGAAUGGCCAGAACAAGGUGCGCCGAAAUCUGCAGAGACGUUCUUGGAUUUUAUUCAACAGGUGCAUCGAACGAAGUCUCAAUUUGGUGUCGAUGGCCCCAUCGUGGUUCACUGCUCUUCGGGUGCUGGUCGAACAGGAGUAUUUAUCGCGUUAGCAAUAAUCAUCGAUAGGAUGCGAUUAGAACAUGUUGUAGACGUCUUUACAACGGUGAAAUUGUUGCGGACAGAACGUCAAAAUAUGGUACAGGACAAAGAUCAGUACUAUUUUCUGUAUAUGGCUGCUUUGGAAUUCCUUUCAUCCUACGAACAGUAUCCGUCCUCCUAG